GGUACCAGAUGCUUCCGCUUCCGGCUCCAUACGAAAUCUCCCGCCACCGGGGCAGGGAUAAGUGUCAGCGUUUGUGUAUUUCUCACACUUGGUGUGGUUGCAGAUAACCAAGAUGCAGUUUUCUGGAGGAAAGCGGAGGAAGCUGAAGUUGACAGGUGACCAGAGAAGUGCUUGCUAUCCUCAUAGCCUUCAGUUUUACCUACAGCCGCCAUCUGAAAACAUAUCUUUGAUUGAGUUUGAAAACUUGGCUAUUGAUAGAGUUAAAUUGCUAAAGUCGGUUGAAAAUCUUGGUUUGAGCCAUUUGAAAGGAACUGAGGAAUACCAGAGUAAGUUAGAGGCUGAGCUUCGAAAGCUCAAGUUCUCCUACAGAGAAAACUUAGCAGAUGAAUAUGAACCACGAAGAAGGGAUCAUAUUUCUCACUUUAUUUUGCGCCUUGCUUAUUGCCAGUCUGAGGAUCUUAGACGCUGGUUCAUACAACAAGAAAUGGAUCUCCUUCGAUUUCGAUUCAGUAUUUUACCUAAGGACAAGAUUCAAGAUUUCUUAAAGGAUAGCCAUUUGCAGUUUGAGGCUAUAAGUGAUGAAGAGAAGAAGCUUCGAGAACAGGAGAUCAUUGCCUCAUCACCAAGUUUAAGUGGGGCUCAGUUGGAGAUGGAGACAGUUUAUAAGAUCCCUUUUGCUGACGCUCUAGACUUGUUUCGAGGAAGGAAAGUCUAUUUGGAAGUUGGCUUUGCUUAUGUACCACUUAGGGACAUUGUGGCAAUCAUCCUGAAUGAAUUUAGAGCCAAACUGUCCAAGGCUUUGGCAUUAACAGCCAGGUCCUUGCCUGCUGUGCAAUCUGAUGAGAGACUUCAGCCUCUGCUUAACCACCUCAGUCAUUCAUACACUGGUCAAGAUUACAGUACACAGGGAAAUGUUGGGAAGAUUUCUUUAGAUCAGAUCGAUUCGCUUUCUACCAAAUCUUUCCCACCCUGCAUGCGUCAGUUACAUAAAGCCUUACGGGAAAAUCACCAUCUUCGUCAUGGAGGCCGAAUGCAGUAUGGCCUUUUCCUGAAGGGCAUUGGUUUAACAUUGGAACAGGCAUUGCAAUUUUGGAAGCAAGAAUUUAUCAAAGGAAAGAUGGAUCCAGACAAGUUUGAUAAAGGCUAUUCCUACAACAUCCGUCAUAGCUUUGGAAAGGAAGGCAAGAGGACAGACUAUACACCUUACAGUUGCCUGAAGAUUAUUCUAACCAAUCCCCCAAGCCAAGGGGAUUAUCAUGGGUGCCCAUUCCGUCACAGUGAUCCAGAGCUGCUGAAGCAGAGGUUGCAGUCAUGUCAGAUUUCUCCCGGAGGAAUAAACCAGAUUUUGGAUUUAGUAAAGGGGACACAUUACCAGGUAGCAUGUCAGAAGUACUUCGAGAUGAUUCAUAAUGUUGAUGAUUGUGGCUUUUCUUUGAGCCAUCCUAAUCAGUUCUUCAUUGAGAGCCAGCGGAUUCUAAAUGGCGGUAAAGACAUCAAGAAGGAAUCUGUACAACCAGAAACUCCUCAGCCAAAACCAAGUGUCCAGAAAACCAAAGAUGUAUCCUCUGCUCUGGACUCUUUAAAUUCCUCUCUGGAAGUGGAUAUGGAAGAACUGGAAGAUUACUUCAGUAAAUGAUUCUUAGACAGUUUAGUAACCCUUUCUCCUCACCAGUCUUCAUUACCUAUUUUGCCUUUUGUUCUUUUAACCUUUUUGUAUAAUUUCUGCCUCUACCCUACCCUCACUUCAUUACAUCCACAUGGGUACUCCUUAAUGAAAGCAGGCUUGCAAGUAAAAUGAAGACCUCCGCUGUAUUUUGCUUUGACAAAGGGAAGUGAUAGAGCUUCUAUUGUAAUCUACAAGAUGAAUGGCGUGAUUUAUGUCCUAUUUUAGGAGAUAAAAGACAGCUUUCUGGUCUGGUAACAGUCCCCUAGAAACAGUACAACUGAAAACAACUUUUAUUUUAAUACUUAUCACUUUGUAAUUUUGACACAAUCUUUUUUUGGAUCAUUUUUGUUAAUAAAUAUAAAAGCUUAUAUGAGUGUGU